AUGGCCACCUGCUGGCAGGGCCUGUGGGCCUAUCGUUCCUACCUGCUUGUGUUCUUCCUGCCCAUUUUUCUGCUGCCCCUGCCCAUCCUCCUCCCCAGAAGGGAAGCCUACUGUGCCUACUCCAUCAUCCUCAUGGCGCUCUUCUGGUGCACCGAGGCUCUGCCCCUGGCUGUCACCGCCCUCUUCCCCAUCGUCCUGUACCCCAUGAUGGGCAUAAUGGAUGCCUCCGAGGUCUGCAUCGAGUAUUUAAAGGACAGCAACAUCCUGUUCGUCGGGGGGCUGCUGGUGGCCAUUGCCGUGGAGCACUGGAACCUGCACAAACGCAUUGCUCUCCGUGUGCUCCUCAUCAUUGGGGUGCGGCCGGCCCUGCUGCUCUUGGGCUUCAUGUUGGUCACAGCCUUCCUGUCCAUGUGGAUUAGCAACACGGCCACCACAGCCAUGAUGGUGCCCAUCGCGCAUGCCGUUCUGGAUCAGUUGCACAGAACGCCCACGGGCAAGGACGUAGAGGAAGGCAGUGAAAACCCCACCUUUGAACUCCAGGAACCAAGUCCCCAGAAGGAGGUGACCAAGUUUGAUGAGAAAGAUAACGGGCAGGUGCACCCCGUCCCGGCCGCGUCUUUAGAGCCCUCGACGGCACAACAGCAGGAACAGUUCCGCUUCAGCCAGGGCAUGAGCCUGUGCGUGUGCUACUCGGCCAGCAUCGGGGGCAUCGCCACGCUGACGGGCACCACGCCCAACCUGGUGCUGCAAGGCCAAGUCAACUCGCUCUUCCCCCAGAACGGCAACGUGGUGAACUUUGCCUCCUGGUUCGGCUUUGCCUUCCCCACCAUGGCCAUCUUGCUGCUGCUUUCCUGGCUGUGGCUACAGAGCCUCUUCCUGGGGUUCAACUUCCGGAAGAAUUUUGGCAUCGGGGGACAGGCGCAGGAGAGAGCACGGGCAGCCUUCCGCGUCAUCCAAACAGAACACAAGCUACUGGGCCCCAUGACCUUUGCAGAAAAGGCUGUCUCUGUCCUCUUUGUCACCUUGGUGGUGCUAUGGUUCACCCGGGAGCCGGGCUUUUUCCUUGGCUGGGGCAACCUGGCUUUUCCCAAUAAGGAUGGAAACAGCAUGGCAUCCGAUGGAACAGUGGCCAUCUUCAUUGGCAUAAUUCUGUUCUUGGUGCCCUCCAAGAUCCCAGGGCUGACUCCAGAUCCAGAAAACCCGGGGAGGCUGAAGGCCCCUCCUGCCCUCCUCAACUGGAAGACGGUGAAUGAGAAGAUGCCCUGGAAUAUCGUCCUCCUGCUGGGGGGCGGUUUUGCCCUGGCUAAGGGCAGCGAGAAAUCAGGACUGUCCGAGUGGCUGGGGGACAAGCUGACCCCACUAGAGAAUGUGCCACCUCCCGCCAUUGCCUUCAUCAUCUGCCUCCUGAUUGCCACCUUCACUGAAUGCACCAGCAAUGUGGCCACCACCACACUCUUCCUGCCCAUUCUGGCCUCCAUGGCUCAGGCCAUCCACCUCCACCCUCUCUAUGUCAUGCUUCCCUGCACACUGGCCUCCUCCCUAGCCUUCAUGCUGCCCGUGGCCACCCCCCCCAAUGCCAUUGUCUUCUCUUUUGGAGGUCUCAAAGUGUCCGAUAUGGCCCGGACAGGAUUCCUGCUCAACAUCAUUGGAGUCCUGGUCAUCACACUGGCCAUCAAUAGCUGGGGCUACCCCAUCUUCAACCUGCACACCUUCCCCUCCUGGGCCAACACCAACAACACGGCCAACAACCUCGCCACAACACCUAGCCCCUAG